AUGAAUACAUCAAUACAGGAAAGUGGAGACAGGGAUGCUCAACAGGUAGGCUGCUGACUUGCUAUGAUACUAAUAGCUUUACUUUUAUUGAUACUCACGAUUACCACCAUUCUACAACAUGAUGUGUUAAUUGUGUUAAAAUGUGUUAAUUUGACCCUAGAUUGAGAAUGGCGACGGGAAACCGUUGCUUGCUUCACAAAAGGUGGUUGGAGGAGAAGCCAAAAGUUCGAUGAUGUCAGCCUCUUUUAAUUUCAUCAAUUCGAUAAUAGGAUCUGGAAUAAUAGGUAAAUUAGUGUUUAUACAUUGAACUGUGGGAACAUCAUGUUUGUAUUUCAGUGGCACAGCAGAAUAGACCUACUGGUGGCAAUAGUUGCAAUUGACACCCAUCUAGAGAGGGGAGCACCUGUUGCAAGUUACUGUAUAAUAAGUUGAUCAAUCAUUUUACCCAAUAAGAUAAGCAAGUUAUAUAUGUUCGGAACAUGCAGGAUCACAUGAUCUCCUGGGAAUAGAAAACAUCAUAGGACCUACCUCAGCCACAGUGAUCAGCCCCUGGGUGGUUGGCCUCUGCAUCAUAUGACCACUGACAUCAUAAGACUUCUUUUGCACUUCCAAAAUUCUUUCUAAAUUGUAUGACUCAACUAUUUCUGUCAGUUCAAUGAAAACUAAUAAUAUGUAUGUUCUGAAAAUAACAAAAUUGCAUGAUCUGUCAUUUAAUUUGUUUUUCAGGUUUGCCAUACUCCAUGAACCAGGCUGGCCUUCCCCUUGGCAUUUUUCUCCUGGUUUUGGUAGCAUUUAUUACAGGUAGGUUCUGUAAUGGUGACAAUUGUGAUGAACUCCCUUUUAUGAUAAAAUGAACAGCUAACAUUGUGGUGUUGUUCUGUUUCUUCCCUGCAGACUACUCUAUCAUCUUGUUGAUAAAAGGAGGGAAUCUUUCAGGGACAAAUAGUUACCAGUCACUUGUACGUAGCACUUUUGGUAUCACUGGAUUUCUGGUUCUGUCUUUAUUGCAGUUCCUAUACCCUUUCAUAGGUAAGUCUUCAAUUGAGAUUUGAAAGUAAAUCAGAACUACUUACAACCAAGAUUUUAUGAGAUUGAGCAGUCUCAUACAAACUGAUAUACAGGCACAUGGGACUUGGAUUGUAACAUAACCACAGUAUGUGUCUUCCCCAGCUAUGAUCAGCUACAACAUUAUAACUGGUGACACAUUGACCAAAGUAUUUCAGAGACUACCUGGAGGUACAGUAGGGUACAUUGUACUUUAAUGUAAUAUAUCUGAACAUAUAAUCCAGUGACAGUAAAAGAUAGGUCACAGUUUUGAUGAAUUUAGUGUAAACACCAAGGCCACAUUUAUUAUUGUAUGUUGCUCAUUCAUAUUUUUCAUACAUGCUAUUUGCAGUUGGACCAGGCCACAUACUUGCAGAGAGACAUUUUGUCAUCGCAGUAUCCACUAUUCUAUUCACAUUACCCUUGUCUCUUUUCCGGAAUAUAUCAAUGCUGGGAAAGGUAAGACUUAAUCACAUAUUGUCACAUUUAUUUAAGGAGUCAUUGACUCAUUCUGUAAUUUGUGAGCUAAAGCAUCUAUCUAUGUGAUUCCAGGUGUCCUUACUGUCCAUGGUGUUGACUGUUUUCAUCCUCAUCACUGUUAUCAUCAGAGCAUCUACCCUAGGACCACAAAUGUACAUAUAUAUAUAUAUUUUGUUGUUUUGUUAUUUAUAUAUAUAUAUUUUGUUUUUUUGUUUGUUUGUUGUUUUGUUAUAUAUAUAUAUAUAUAUAUAUAUAUAUAUAUAUAUAUAUAUAUAUAUAUAUAUAUAUAUAUGUGUAUGUAUUUAACCUUUAUUUAUACAGGUUUUUCUCAUUGCGAUAAAAUCUAUUUUUCAAGAGAGAUCUGGUCCAACAGCAGCAGGGGGAACAAAGUUUCAGACAAAACAACUUACAUACACUAACACAACAUUGAACAAAACUAUAGACACACAUACAGUACAACAAUUACAUAUUACGUAAAGAAACACGAAUGUCAUAACUAAAAAACAGCUGUCCUAAAGACAAUUACAUUCUUCUAUGAUAUUUACAUCGACCAAGUGUUUAAACUGCACCAACGUGACUAGAUCAUCACAUUUUAAAAUGUUCAGGAGAGAAUUCCAGGACCACCGAGCUGAGCAACUAAAACUAUUUUUACCAUGACCUGUUCUAAUUCUUGGUACUGUUAAAAGCGAAUGAGAAUGGGACCGUAAUUGAUAUUUAUUUACUGACCUGAUUAAAAAAGAACAGGGAUAAAGUGCCAUUUUACCCAGUAUGGCCUUAUAAAUCAGUGUAUUCCAGUGUUUAAGCCUACGCAAGGUCAAUGACGACCAGCCAACGGCGCUGUAGAGAUCACAAUGAUGUGUUAGACGUUUUUGAUUGGUAAUGAACCUGAGGGCCGCAUGAUAUACUGAAUCAAGUGCUCUCAGGGUAGUGUUUGAGGCCUGCAUAUAUAUAACAUCACUAAAAUCUAAAACCACCAGUAAUGUACAUUGUACCAGCUCCUCCCUGGCCUCCAGAGAAAAACAAGCCUUAUGCCGGUAAUAAAAACCUAUUCUCAGCUUGAGCUUCCUUAUCAAGUUCUCCACAUGAACAGUGAAGCUCAGCUUGUCAUCCACCAACACUCCCAAAUAUGUGUACACUUUCACUUGCUCUAUAGUAUGUCCAUCCAAUGUAGCAACGACAUGAUUAGUAACAUGCCUGGCAUUUGAAAAUACCAUUGCAUUUUUUAAAACCCGAAUUCAGAACCAGCUUCAAAUCACAAAGAUUCUGUUGUAUGAUAUUAAAUGCUCUUUGGGCAUUUUCAAAAGCCAAAGAUAAACUACUACCACUUGAAACAGUAUCAUCUGAAUAAAAAUGAACAUCCGCUGUUUCAAUAUGAUCCCCAAUGUUGUUGAUAUCCAAAAUGAACAACAGUGGGCCCAAAAUAGAACCUUGCGGAACACCUAAGCACAACUCUAUGGACUCAGAUUUACAACCAUUACACAUUGUGUACCAUUUGAUAGGUAAUUUAUAAACCAAUCUAGAGCAUGACCAGUAAUACCACAACAUUUUAAACUUUGCACCAACACAGCAUGGUCCACGGUGUCAAACGCCUUCGACAAAUCAAUAAAGGCAGACACACAAUGUAACAUCUUGUCAAGAGCACAGUGGAUGUCAUUAUAUUACUUAACACUGUCAUAAUCUAUUCACUCAUAUGCUAUAUCAUACUCUAAUCCAAUCUGAAACACAUUCUGUUUUUAUUUUACAUUUCAGUCAACUAAACGACUAUUGAAGCAACUUACUCUAGAAUUAUAAAAUCUUAAAAUGGCUAACAAAAUGUUUAUCCAAUGACUUUGUGUCCUUAGUCCCCCUACAGAAAAUGCGUGGGUGUUUGCAAGGUGGAAUGCGAUUCAGGCCGUUGGUGUUAUGUCUUUUGGUGAGUUCUCGACUACAUCUACUAUAUAUGUGUAAAGUACAAUAAAUACUUGUCCGAGACAAAACGGCCCAUACAUGUGUACACUGUCAUAUUGUAUGAUAAUGGAUAUCAGGUUUCAUAAUAGAGGAACUCCACACAAAACAAUCACACAAAAAUGUAAUUUGGACUAUCAAUAGGUUGUAAUACUUUGCCAUAUCCCUUUGUUCCAUAGCCUUUAUCUGCCAUCACAACAGCUUUAUGAUCUACGGGUCUCUGAAGGAACAGAGUCUAAGUAACUGGUCUUGUGUCACCCACAUGUCUGUUGGUUCGGCUAUGAUUGUCAGUAUUCUGUUUGCUGCGACUGGCUAUGCUACCUUCACUGGGUACACACAAGGUAAAACACAACACAUGGAAUCAUAGAACAAUCUUGUGGUGUUAGACCCAAGUGCAUCCCUAUACACACUGCCUAAGGAGUAAAUUUUUCUGAUCGCCUCUUAUAUUUUCAGGUGAUAUCUUUGAAAACUACUGCGGGAACGAUGACCUAGCUACUUUUGGUCGCUUCUGUUUUGGCAUCAGUAUAAUAACAACUUUUCCUCUAGAGUGUUUUGUGACUCGAGAGGUAUGACGUUAUUUAUGCACAUGCCACUUCAUAUGGCACAGGACAGUUUGUUGUGGCGCAAUGUUCAUUGAUUUUAGUGCACAUCACCUGCAAAAAUCAAGUCCUUAUUCUCUCUUUUAUGUUUGUAGGUGGUAUCCAAUGUUUUUUUUAAAGGGUCUCUCAACAACCAUGCCCAUGUGGUGGUCACCUUGCUCAUAGUUGCAGUGUGCACAGCAUUAUCCUUGGCCUAUGACUGUCUGGGUAUUGUUCUGGUGUUGAAUGUAAGCUGGAUGUCCUUUGAUUUGUUGUAACUUAUUUCUCUACUAAAAUUGCAUUGGUAAUCUUUUAAACAGUGUUUUUUGUCUUCCAGGGUGUUGUAAGUGCCACACCUUUAAUUUUCAUCAUUCCAUCAGCUUGCUACCUCAAGCUUUCAACAGAGCACUGGUUCCAAGGUGAAAACCGCAUCCCCUGUCUCAUCCUCAUAGCUGGUGUCUUUGUCAUGACAACUGGUUUGAUAAUGGCGGUCAUGUUCCCCGAAGACUGCUCCCAUGGUGCCGAGAUGUUUUACUGCGCAACUUCCAACCUCUCCAUAACCCCCACACCACCCACUGAGCUACUCUUUCAGAAUUCAACUCAGAAUUCUAGAUGA